AUUAAAUUACUUCAAAAAGUAAUAUUGAAAAAUAAUUGAAAAUUGCUAAAAAUGUUGAAUAUUACAAUGAUCAUGGUGUUUAUUGGAUUCAUAGUGAAUGCCAACCGGGAAAUGGAUGUGAGGAGGGGAGCGAUGGUAGUCGUGGUGGGGGUGGACGCGGGGGUCGGUUCGGUGCCGGACGUGGAGCUAAUGGACAGGGAUUUGGUGGCACCGGCAGUAGACGUCCAAAUGGUGGUCAACAACCAGGGGUUGGCGGUCAAAGUGGAGGCGGAAUUCCUGUAA